UUACUCAAGGCGGAGAACGGAGGGAAGUUUGUGUUGACAAACGAUCAUAUUUAUCAAACAGCUACUUCAUAAUUGCUGUCACGAUGGAAACGAUCAGAGGGAGUUUAGAGGACAGUUCUCGACCUGCUUCACGUGAGGAAACGAGCAGCCGUGUGUCCAGAAGAUGUCCUGCUGCUGGUGUCCAGAUCCAGAGGAGCUCUGAGGAAACUACAACCAGCUCCUCAGCCUGUGGUCCUGGCCAAGGUCAGUGUCACUCUGACGUCACAGAUGCAGGGAUGGAAGAUUCAGAACUACAGAGAGCUAUCGAGGAAAUGAGACGUCUUGAUGAAAUACUGUCCGCAAAGAUCUGCAGAGAAGUAGAAGUCAAGCGUCAAAGAAAAGAACUUCAAGCCAAACUCUGGCAAGAUCUCCUGAAUAAGCCUGAAGGUUACUCUGAAUGUGCUCAUGAAGCUUUGAACACAAAGUUGUUUUUAGCCCUGGAGGCAAGCAGAGGGAAAGAAGAAGAAGAAGAAAAGGAGGACUACUAUGUGUCUGUCUUUGAAACCCAGGUUCCUGACAGUGACCGUGACGGACAACGUUUGGAGCAAAGUGAUAAGAAGCCAGACAACUCAACCGACUCAUCUGAGACUUGGGAAGAGCAAUGUGAAGACAGCCACUGUGGAGCUUCCAGAGGCAAGAAAAAACAGAGGGACUUUGUCAAGAGAAACAUUGAGCUAGCAGUGGGUGAUGGGGACCUUUUGACCCAGGCUGAGAAACAGCGUCUGGCCGAGCUCCUCCAACAAAUAGACGAAGAGGAAGACGACGGUGCCAGAGGCACAGACAGCGAGGAGGACAAGUGGGCUGUGUCAGUCCUGACAGGACAAGGUUACACCCCGGUGCCCUCUGACCUGGAGCAGCUGAUUGACAUUGACUCCAAAAUGCGCCUUCUCCUCCCUGUUGAAGAAUUUGUCUCGGUGCAAAGUUCCUACACAAACAUCAACGUGUCCCAGGGCCGCGGUUCAGAGGUUGGCUGGAAGUGCAAUUGGGACCCGCAGCCAGGAGAGAAGGUCCUGCAGGAUAGAAAGGAGAGGAGAGGGCUGGAGAGGCAGCUCCAAGAGAUCCAACAGCAGCUGGAGAUCCUGGGCCGGAGCCCAGAGAUGACUAACGAGUCUCCAGACCUUACGGAGGAGGAGUUACUCAGCCUGCUGGAUGAAUGUGAGCUGACUGAGAGCUGGAUACAGGAGCUGGAGACGACUGACACAACACGAUGAGACUCUUAAGAAGACACACUGACCACUUCAAUCUGAAGCAUAGACUAUAUGAUCUGAUGCCUUGUUCUCAGAGAAUCUGUCUAAAAUACUAUAUCUUGGCUCGAUGUCGUGAGACAAAUGUGACAGCUUUAAGAUAUAUGUAGAUAUAACAUGUCUUA